CCAUCACAGUGUCUAUCUAUCUUGUGAAGAUGCCAAUCUACUUGGAGACGAGAGGCACAUCGAGAAUCUCACUGGUAGUGCAUCACAUCAGAAGAAGGACGCACUCUUCUUCUUCUUCUCGUCUCCGAUUCCAACGAGGCGGCGGAGCAGAGCAGAGGCGCGGGAUGGCGGCGGCGCAGGGGAGCGGAGUGCCGGCGGCGCUGGCGCUGAGCAGCGGCCACACGAUGCCGUCGGUGGGGUUGGGCGUGUGGCGGAUGGACUCCCCCGCCAUCCGCGACCUCAUCCACUCCGCACUCCGCAUCGGCUACCGCCACUUCGACUGCGCCGCUGAUUACCAAAACGAGGCUGAAGUUGGGGAUGCACUUGCAGAGGCAUUCCAAACUGGACUUGUCAAGAGGGAGGAUCUUUUCAUCACAACCAAGUUGUGGAACUCAGAUCAUGGGCAUGUGGUUGAAGCAUGUAAGGAUAGCUUGAAAAAGUUGCGGCUAGAUUAUCUAGAUCUCUACCUUAUCCACUUCCCAGUAGCUACCCGUCAUACUGGAGUUGGUACGACUGCUAGUGCUCUUGGUGAUGAUGGUGUGCUAGACAUUGAUACCACUAUCUCAUUGGAGACAACAUGGCACGCUAUGGAGGAUCUUGUUUCCAUGGGACUGGUUCGCAGCAUUGGGAUUAGCAACUAUGACAUAUUCCUUACCAGAGAUUGUUUGGCUUAUGCUAAGAUAAAGCCCGCAGUGAAUCAAAUCGAGACACAUCCCUACUUCCAGCGCGACUGUCUUGUCAAGUUCUGCCAGAAGCAUGGGAUCUUAGUCACUGCCCAUACCCCUCUGGGUGGCUCCACUGCCAAUACUGAGUGGUUUGGGUCCGUCUCAUGCCUCGACGACCCUGUCAUCAAGUCUCUGGCUGAGAAAUAUGGCAAGACACCGGCGCAGCUGGUGCUCCGGUGGGGGCUUCAGAGGAACACAGUGGUGAUCCCCAAGACAUCCAAGGAGGAGAGAUUGCAGGAGAACUUUGCGGUCUUCGAUUUCGCCAUCUCCGACGAGGACAUGGAGAAGAUGAGAUCCAUCGACCGGAAGUACCGCACCAACCAGCCUGCCAAGUUCUGGGGAAUCGACCUGUUUGCUUGAUGAAUUAUGAGUCUUUAGCACGAACAAUAAUGGGGGCUUUUCUACUGUCCCUGGGAGCUUCUUGUGCAAUCAUUUUUCUCUGAACUGAAACUUCUUGUGCUGAAGGAUGAAGUUGUUGGGAUCGUGUGAACUUGAAUUGUUAUUCAAAGGGAAAAAAAAAGUGUGAACUUGAAUUGUAUCUAUAUUUCGUGUAUUUGCGCUUCUGCAGCCCGCCUAAUCAAUAAAUUUUUAGCAUCCCUGCUAAGUAUCAUGAAA